AUGGUGUCGUCUCAAAAUAAAAUUGUAUUUGUUGUUGCGGUUUUCGGCUUAUUGCUGGCAGUUGCUCAAAGUCGUCCUUUGGAGGAUUCACUAUUAGCAUCACUUGUUGCAGCACCAGGAGCAGCAGCAGUUGCAGCAAAGGUUGAAGACAAAAUUGUGUCACCAGUUGUUGCAAGUGAGGACAAAGUUGCCGCUGCUGCUGUUGAUGUUCCAGUUGUAGCUGUUAAGGAAGAAAUUGCAGCUGAAGCCCCAAAGCCAAAGGAGACUGAAUCGACAGUUUUAGCUGCUGUUCCAGUUGUUGUUGUUGCCAAGGCUGAUAGCAGUGAAGAAAACAAGAGCAAGGAUGAAAGCAGUUCGGUCGAAUCUGGUGAAUCUAAGGAAUCUAAGGAAAGUAAGGAAAGCAGCGAAGAAAUCAAAGCUCCAGCUCCAGUUGUAGAAGCUAUUGCAGCAGCAGCUGAAAGUAGCAAAGUUAUUGUUCCAGCUCCAGUUGUUGAACUUAUGGUAGCCAUUGAACCAGCAGUAGCUGUUGUUGAAAAUACAGUUGAGCCUUUGGUUGCAGCUGUUGAAGCUGCUGUUGAACAAGCCGCAGUUGCUGAAUCAGCUCCAGUUGUUAAGGAAAUUGAAAAUGAGCCAUUGGAAUCAGUGUUGAAAGUUGCCGUUGAGCCAGCAGCUUCUGAAAAGGAAGUAAAGGUUGAAGUUGUUGCAGUUGAAGUUAAGCCUGUUGAAGCUAAGCCAGUUGAAGCUGCUGCCCCAGUUGCAGAUAGUAUUGCUGCCCCAUCAACUCCUGUUGAAGAAGUUGUUGAAGUCAAGAAACCAGCUGCUGAAGAAGCUAAACCUGAAGCUAAACCAGAAGUUAAAGUAGAAAGUUCUUCCCCAGCUACAACAGAAGCUGCCCCAAAGGUCAUUAUUGUCACACCAUCUUCUGAAGAAGUCAAACCAGCUGCUUCAUCUGUUGACGCUAAAAUCGAUAUUGUCAAAGAAGUACCUGUUGCACCAGUUGAAGAAAUCACCAAACCCAUCGAAUCUGAAGCUGUUACCACAAAAGCUGAAGAAGUUAGCAAAGCGACAGAAAAAUCAUCUGAAGUAGUAAAGAGUGAAAAUUAA